AUGGACCUUGGCGGCAGCCAAAAGGUUGCUUCGGAAAAAAAGACUUGCUUCCAACCGUAUUCUGCGCCACAAACAACUGAUCAGAAAGUCGACAAACUUGCGCGUAUUCGAGAAAACCAGCGAAGGAGUCGGGCGAGAAAACAAGAGCACAUCCGCGAUCUAGAACAGAAGCUAGCAUGUCUACAAGAAGAAGCUCAUAGAAAAGACAUCGAGCAUAGACUGGCUGUCCAGAGACUCGAGCUGGAGAAUAAGAAAUUGAGAUCUCUCCUGUCAUGCACGCCCAUUCCGGCUCAUUUCAUUGAGGAGUAUCUCCGCGCUGGUGAAGAUCCCGCUGUGACUCAAAAAGUCGCCAUACCGGCUCUUCGACGGCCUGAGGUACAGACUGUGCAGCAGGAGCUCCAGAACGAAAAGCAAUCUGAAAGCCAGCCUCAAUCCAAGUGCCAGGGGUCAAACUGUUCACGCCCAUGUUCGACCACAUCAAGUAGGGCAGAAGCUAGCUCUGCCGACAUGAUCAAUGCGCCCGUAACCGAGACGAAGCCGAAACUGGUUCCAGAGUCUCCUCAACGUGCUCAACCUCCGGACGUUCAAAAGCCUCCAGAUUGCCCUCCCGUUCCGCUUUGCGACUGCUCUUCCGGUGACACUGACUGUUUCCCGGUGAACGGUGAUGUGCUUAACACGACUCUUUGCGCAAUCGCAGACGAGUUGAUCAAACAGUACAACACUCGCGGAGUGGAUAUUGAGGAGAUUCGGAAAAAGCUCUGGGCAGGAUUUUCCAAGGGCCUGACAUCGGAAGAAGGGUGUAGAGUACAGAAUCAGAUUCUUUUCCAGGUUCUGGAUGAGAUUAGCAACAACUGA